AUCAAACUAUUUAGCGGUACACAGCAUUAAAAACCAUCAGUCCAUUAGUUCAGGGAGAGUAAAAGUCCACCUUCACCAGAAGGAUCAACAUUGUGAACUUUCUCUAAAUUGAAACAUGACAGAUCGAACAAAUAACUUCCCUCCUUUGCCAAAAUUUCUUCGUAUAAAGCCAUGCUUUUACCAAAAUUUUGAUGAGGAAAUUCCUCAACCCCACCGCCAGCUUGUGCGUCGCGUCUACAAUCUUUGGAUGUUGUAUUCCAUGACAUUAUGUGUGAACGUGGUGGGCUGCAUAGCCUGGUGGGCCGGCGGUGGUAAUGCCACCAACUUUGGGUUUUCGCUGCUCUGGCUGCUGAUUUUCAGUCCGUGCAGUUACACCUGCUGGUUCAGACCGCUUUAUAAAGCAUUCCGGGCUGAUAGUUCCUUCAACUUCAUGGCGUUCUUCUUCAUUUUCUUCCUGCAAUGUGUGCUUGCCUUUAUCCAGAGUUUGGGAAUAUCCGGUUGGGGCGUUUGUGGUUGGAUUGCCACAGUGAUAUUCUUUGGCACAGAUGUAGUCGCGGCUAUAUUUAUGCUCAUCUGCACUCUGCUCUUCACUGUAAACGCACUUCUCAUGGCAUUCGUUCUCAUCAAGGUUCAUCGACUGUAUCGUGGCGGAGGGGGCAGUUUUCAGCGGGCACAGGAAGAAUGGACCACCGGUGCAUGGAAAAAUCCAACUGUAAGAGAAGCUGGAUUCAAUGCCAUCUCUGAAACUGGCCCCAGCCUGCCCCAGUACCCAGCCGCUGUGCCCAAUUACCCAGAAAGCGGGCCCUGGUGAUACCACUUCUGAUCUACAGAUGGAGCCAAAGCAACACUGGUUGUCCUAAUAUUAAAGGCGCAGUUUGCAGAG